CUCUCCACAGGCCAGGAAGGUGGAGGCAAGCCCUCGGCUGCUGGCCUGGAGGCGGAGGAACUGCGGCCGGGAUCAGCCCCCCACGCUCAGAAUGCACCGAGUGAGGAGUUGCCGCGCUCUGGCCCCAUCCCCGGGGAGAAGAAGAGGUCAGAGGCCUCUGCAGGACGCGCUGGGGCUGACGCUGGGAGAGGGAGUCAGCUCCCGAGCUCCAAGGUUCUCCACAGAGACAAAACCGUGGCCUCGAUGAGACCCCAGCCUCGAGAGGAAGGUUGCUCCCUCCCAGCCAGAGAGGGCAAGGCAGGGAAGAGGGCCUUCGCGCCAGCCCCCAGCAAGCAGAAGAAAUCCAGUUCCCUGGGCCUGGCUUCAACGUCAGCUCCUGCUGUCCCUAACUCGGCCAGUGCCACACACAACCCCGUGCCCUGUGGGUCAGGCCGGGGGCCCUGCCACCUGGCCAAUCUCCUCAGCACAUUGGCUCAGAAUAACCAAAAUGCAGACCAGAAGAAGGGGCCCCCGGAAGUGACCUGCCAAAUUCGGAAGAAGACUCGAACCCUGUACCGCUCAGAGCAGCUGGAGGAGCUGGAGAAGAUAUUCCAAGAGGACCACUAUCCUGACAGCGAUAAGCGGCAGGAGAUUGCCCGGACUGUGGGGGUCACCCCGCAACGCAUCAUGGUAAAGGGGGUGUGGUUCCAGAAUCGCCGGGCAAAGUGGCGAAAAGUGGAGAAACUGAAUGGCAAAGAAUGCAAAGACAAGCCUGCAGCCCCUGCUAGCAGUGAGUGCAGAUCCAUAGCUGAACCCCCAGCUACCGUGCCUGUGGACCCAGAGCCAGGGACUUUCCUGCAGGAGCCCCGUCUGGAUUUGUUUCCAGAACCACCCAUGCUGCUGACUUCUGACCAGUCCCUGGCUCCCACCCAACAGAAUGAGGGUGCUCAGAGAGUGGUGGUGACCCCACCACUCUUCAGUCCGCCUCCUCUUCAAAGAGCCAACCUUCCUUUUCCCCUUGGCCACUCCCAAACCCCCCAACUGAUGCCUUUGCUGAUGGAUGCCCCUGGCAGUGACAGCAGCCGCAAGGAUGGGCCCCGUGGACCUUGGGGGACAAGCAUCACCCCACCGCCCACCUGCUCAUAUUUGGAAGAGUUGGAACCUCAGGAUUACCAACAGAACAACCAGCCAGGACCAUUCCAGUUCUCUCAGGCCCCACAGCCCCAGCUGUUUCAACCCCCUCAGCCCCAGUUUUCAUACCUUCCCCCUUUUCCCCUCCCCAUGCCCAGUUCACUGACACUUCCACCACCAGAGGACCCUCUCUUCGCAUUUCCUUGUGGCCCCAGUGGUGGGGGCACAUCACAGGGCUAUUGCCCAGUGCCCCCAUCGGGGCAGAUGACGCUGCAGCCACCUACUGGAAAUAUGGGUACGGUCCCCUGGAGUGACCUCUGCUUGCCUGAUCUGCCCUUCCCUGGUCCGUUCUGCACACAAGCUCUGGGAUAUCCCCUGGGAGGAGAUGGCUACUUCCCUGAUCUCUUUCCAGCCCCCUGUGCUCAGGCUACAACCAGACAGCCUUCACCAGGUCUUGCCCAGCUGCCUGCAGGAGCCAGGCCAGGAGCUGGACCCUCGCUGGGCAAGAUGCAAGAGGAGCCGCCUGCCAUGGCCCUGGAGCAGCCCUUGGUACCAGAGGAGGUGGGAGAAGACAAGAAGUUCUGUGUCCCCUAGUUGGGGAUCAGAGUGGAAGAGAGGCUGCUCCGUGGGGCAUCCACUCUGUGGGGCAUCUACUCAGGAUGGUGGUUGAAGCUUUGAGAAGAACUGUGGACUCUGUUGACUGGGUGGAAGUUAGUGUCUACCCGUGUAGGCUUGUCUGGCUGGACGUUGAUUGGAAGAGGGCUGACCCUACCCUUUGCUUCACACCCGUCUGUGACGGUCCUGUGUUACUUCUGAACAUUGUAUCAGUUUGUUUUUCCUUUCCUUACUAGUCAGUGAGCCAGAGUGUCCACUGUAAGCAGUAAACUGGUCUGU